CUAAAGAAUCACGCUUUAUGUGUUCUUGCGUGCAUGCAUGUAAAAAAUUCCAAACAUUCUGUAAAAUUCAUUUUGUGAAUAAAUUUUAUAUAACCAGGUUUCAGAAUAAUGAUAAAACAACAAAAAAUUCAAAUCGAAUUCGAAGUGGAUGAAAGUAAAUAUGAUGAAUUUAAUCCAUUGAUAUUAUCGGAUAAAAGUGAUGCAGCGAAAAAAGAGAAAAAUAUUCGAGCAAAAAAUGAAGAGAUCAAGAAACAAUUAUUGUCAAAAAAGAAGAAAAAAAAAUUGGAAAAAAUAUUGGAAAGAAAAAAUCGUAAAUUAAAUCGGACAAAUUUAAUAAACGAUUUACAACAAUAUCAAAUCGAUGAAAAUGAAUAUAAUAGUAUGCCAUCCACAAGUAUUGUUCAAACGGUUGGAAAAAGAAAAAUUAAUGAUCUGCUUCGAUUAUAUAGUUCUAUCAAUAAAAAUGAUGAUAAAGACGAAUUGAAUGAACGAAAUGAUGAUUCAUCUCGUAAAAGAUUCAAAAUCCGAAAAAUUAAAUUUAAAAAUAAUGAAAAAAAUUUCAAUCGUAAAGAUCCACAUAUCAUUGGAUUUGAUGAUAAUUUUAAUACUGAUGACGAUGAUGAUGAUGAUGAACAAGAAAGUUCAUCGGACGAUGAAGAAAAUUGUGAUGAAAAAAUCGAAACUAAAAAUAUUAAUUCUGGUUUUGAUCAAAAGUUUGAAGAAAAAAAUGAAACUGAAAGCAAAUCCAACGAAGUCAUAGAAUCUUCCGAGGGUGAACAUCAAAAUACAAAGACCUCUAAACAAAAUCAAUCAAAAAUCGAAGAUGAUAAAGAAGUAAAAGAUAAAAAGAAAAGCAUAUUUGUCAAUGUUGAUCGACCAGAAGAGAUACAGCAAGCUCGUCAACGAUUGCCAAUAUUGGCGGAAGAGCAUAACAUAAUGGAUGCAAUUAUGCAUAAUCAAGUGGUGAUAAUUUGUGGUGAAACUGGUUCGGGUAAAACAACACAAGUUCCACAAUUUCUUUAUGAAGCUGGUUAUGCGACCAAUGGAAAAUUGAUUGGUAUCACUGAACCACGGCGAGUAGCUGCCAUUUCAAUGUCUAAACGAGUUGCCUGUGAGCUUAAUAUGACCGAAAAGGAAGUUUCCUAUCAGAUUCGUUUCGAAGGAAAUGUUAGUGAUAAAACGAGAAUAAAAUUCAUGACUGACGGUAUAUUGAUGAAAGAAAUCGAACGAGAUUUAUAUUUGAAUAAAUAUUCUGCAUUGAUCAUCGAUGAAGCACAUGAACGAAGUCUUUAUUCCGAUAUUUUGAUUGGCUUUCUUUCUCGUAUUGUUCAAGUUCGCCAUAGAAAUGGUGAUCCAUUAAAGUUGAUUAUUAUGUCGGCCACGUUACGUGUGGAAGAUUUCACUGAAAAUAAACAUUUAUUCAAGAUUCCACCUCCGGUUAUAAAAAUUGAUUCUCGACAAUAUCCAGUUACUAUACAUUUUAGUAAAUAUACAAAUCCAAAUUAUAUGCAGGAAGCAUUCAAAAAAGUUUGUAAAAUUCAUUCAGUUUCACCACCGGGUGGUAUUCUUAUAUUCGUCACUGGCCGUACAGAAGUUUUAUCUCUUGUUCGUAUGUUGAAAGCAAAAUUUCCUAUCACUCAUCAAAUUGAUCAAAAAUAUUCCAAUCCGAACAACAAGACAAAAGCUGCCAAAGAAACCGUGCCGAAUAAUGAUCAAAUAAUUGAAAAAUCUAUCGAUGAUGAAAAUUCAAAAAAUAUCUUGAAUUCUAAAUCAAGAAUUAAUCUAGACGUUUAUUCUAUUGAUCCAGUCGAAACUAGUGAAAAAAUUAUCGAUGGUCUUGAUUUAUGUGAUAACGAUUCAAAUGAUGAUGAUGAUGGAAAUGCAAGUAAUGAUGAUGAUGAUGAUGAAGAUAAUGAAUACACAGAAGAUCUGGGUUUUUUAACAACAACAGAACCAUUAUAUUGUUUGCCAUUAUAUUCUAUGCUGCCUAGUAAGAAACAAGCUUUGGUAUUCCAGCCACCACCAGUUGGUUGUCGUCUCUGUGUUAUUGCAACGAAUAUAGCCGAAACAUCAUUAACGAUACCGAAUAUUAGAUAUGUGAUUGAUACAGGAAAAGUAAAAAAUAUUGUCUAUGAUCGUAUGACCAGUGUAUCGACAUUUCUCAUAGAUUGGACAUCUAAAGCAUCAGCUGAUCAACGUUCUGGACGAGCUGGUCGAACUUCUGCUGGCCAUUGUUAUCGUCUCUAUUCAUCGGCCAUAUUCAACGAUCAAUUCAAACAGUAUUCUGAACCAGAAAUUCUAAAGAAACCAAUCGAUGAUUUAUUAUUGCAGAUGAAAGCCAUCGGUUUUGAAAAUGUAACCAAUUUUCCAUUUCCUACUAAACCUAAUCUGGAAGCAUUGAUUGUAGCAGAAAAGCUUUUGAAUCAAUUGGAUGCUCUUGAAACGAAAACAUUGACCGGAAAGAAAAAUAAACAUAUUGAACGCUCAAAAAUAACCUGGUUCGGACGAUUGAUGUCAUACUUUCCGGUUUCACCUCGAUAUAGCCGAAUAUUAUUAUUAUCAACACAGGCGAAUCUUGUUCCAUUGGUGGUCACAUUGAUUUCUCUGUUAACUGUACAAGAAUUUUUCCCAACUGAUGUGUCGAAAGCGAUCAAACAACGACGUGAAAGCUGGUUCUUUUCACAUCCAUUCUGUCAAAUAUUGGGCGAUCUUUGGACAUUGUUAAGUGCGUUUGGCUCAGCUCAUUAUCAUGGAUUUAGUGAAAAAUUCUGCGUUUCACAUGGUCUUCGUUAUAAUGCCAUACGUGAAGCAGAUAAACUCCGUUUACAACUAUUGAAUCAACUUCGAUCGAUAAUGAAAAAUCAAACACUUUCAUCGGAAUUAUCCGUACCGAAUGAAAUCCAAGUCAAGAUGUUAAGUAAACUAUAUCUAUCAGGUUUUAGUGAUCAUAUUGCUAAACGCAUACCUUUCAUUACUGUUACUGUACAUGAUGAUAAUGAUGAAGUUCGUAAGGUUCAAAAAUCCAUCAGAAAUUGUUAUCAAUCAAUCGAAGUUGAACACAAUGUAUUCAUCUCUCCACAUUCGGUUAUGUUCAAUCAGACAUAUGAUUAUGUUGUCUAUCAAGAAAUAUUUGAAUCAUCAGAUGCCGGUAAGAUGUACAUGAGAAAUAUUGUACCCAUUCAAAUGGAAUGGCUCGCCAUCUAUGGCGCUAAACAUUGUACAUUUUCGAAUCCAUUGGAAGAUCCACCACCAAGAUAUGAUCCAGAUGAUGAUUGUAUUAAAUGUCAUCGCCGAUCAACAUUCGGUCCACAUGGUUGGGAAUUGCCAGCCAUUGAAGUAGAUUAUCCCGAUGGUCUGGACAAGUAUUGUCAUUUUGCUCAUUUUCUAUUUGAUGGUUUAGUAUUUCCUUCAUUGAAAGCAAAUUUAUCAUACAUGUCUUCACCACCGAUUUUAUUCGUGAAAUCAUGGGCAAUGGUACAACCAAAAGUGGACAUUGUAAUUAAAUGUUUGAUAAAUAAUCGAAUCGAUUGUAAACAUGCCUUAUUGAACAAAUGGAAAAUCAAUCCUAAAUUUUUACUAAAAGAAUAUUUGGAAUGGAUUAAUGAUGGCCAUAAAGUUGAUGUUCGUAAAUGUUGGCCGCCCUGUUAAUGGACAAACGAACAAUUUAUAUAUACCUCAAGGCUUUAAAAAUGUAUGUAUUCAUCUGAUGAAAAGUGCUUGUUUGUUGUUUUAAAAACAUUGUAAUAUUAUUUUUUUGAAGGAUGAAAAAUUUUGCAAUUCAAUUUUAUUUUA